GGGCCGGUGAAGGCCACAGAAGAGCCAGGCCGCCCUCUGGUCCGUGGUGGGGCUGGGGCCGCGGGAGCGGCUAACCAUGUCUUUAAAUUCAUCUACACUUUUAAAUGAAGAAAAUUCUGGAGGACCAAAAGGAAAUACCGAGUGUUUGGGAAGUCUAGAACUGCAGACUCCAUCAUCAUUUCAAGACAGCCCACUUCAACAAUUACAGCUAGCAUCACAGGAAGUACUUGAAAAGGCAAAAAAGAGUGGGAGGUCAAAAUGCCCUCGAUGCAGUAGUUCAAGGAUGUUUUAUUGUUAUACAUGCUUUGUUCCUGUCGAAACUGUCCCUACUAAAGAAAUUCCGACUGUGAAGUUGCCUUUGAAGAUUGACAUUAUUAAACACCCAAAUGAAACAGAUGGCAAAAGCACUGCUGUGCAUGCUAAGCUACUGGCACCUGAUGAUGUUACAAUAUAUAAAUACCCUUGCAUUCCAGAAUAUAAAGAAAGAAGACAUGAAAUAGCACUUGUAUUUCCUGGCCCCAAUUCAGUUUCAGUAAAAGAUAUUGCUUUCCAUCUUCAAAAGUACAUUAAGAAAAAUGUGUCUGAUAAUGACGAUGACUGUUCCAGAGAGCCAUUUCUUAAGCAAGCGAAAAUAGAACCUGAAGAGGAGAAAAAUGAAUGCAUCUCAAGCAACAAGAGUGAAGGCACUAUACUGAAGAAAAUAAUAUUUAUUGACAGUACCUGGAAUCAAACUAAUAAAAUAAUAACUGAUGAGCGACUCCAAGGCUUGCUGCAAAUUGAGUUGAAGACAAGGAAAACUUGCUUUUGGCGUCAUCAGAAGGGAAAGCCAGAUACAUACCUUUCCACAAUAGAAGCAAUUUAUUAUUUCCUUGUGGACUAUCAUCAGGAGAUUUUGAAAGAGAACUACAAAGGACAAUAUGAUAAUCUGCUUUUUUUCUUUUCAUUUAUGUACACAUUGAUUAAAAAUGCCAAGGGCUGUGCAGGGAAAGAGUAAGCUGUCUGUCUAUAGGUAAGUAACACUACUUUUCAUUUUGUUUCUUUUGUAGAGAUAAACUUCACAAACACACUAACUGAAAUCUGCAAAUAGAUGGUACUUAAUAAUGGCUAGCGUGUUUGUCCAGAAGCAAGCUGCAAACCUCGUGUCCUGUACAGCUGAAGAUGAGGAACUACUCAAGAUGAGCAGUCUGAUUAGAAUUACUGGUUUGAAAACAGUUCUUCUGUGCUAAAUACUGGUGUGUUUGCACCUGCAGAGCUUACAAUGCCCAUCACAGUGAGAGCAUUUCCUGAGGAGGAUAGACAGGAGGACAUGGCCCCUCUUGGCAUAAGGAGUGAUCUUUCUAAGUGUAAAAAGGAAUUAACAUAUUAGCUUAUUAUUAUUAUUAUUAACUGUUUCAGGUGUUUACUUUGUGUUUUACCCAACAAUAAUGAUUUCACUUUCAUAAUAUCUGGAGCUUACAGAAAUUAUUAAGAUGGUGUUUAAGGGGGAAGGGGGCAAUACAAAAUGAAAGGCUACAUUAAGUGAAUAAAAUAUAAAUUAUGUACAUUCAAGAUAAAUUUUAGGCUUCAAACAUUUAGUGUAUUAUUAUAUCAUAACAAAUGCCAAUAUGUCAUAA